GCUUCCGGUGUGUCUGCCUGGUGUCCGGGUCUCACCAUGGCGGCCUCCUUGGCCGGCAAAGAGAUCGUAUUUGUCACGGGGAACGCCAAGAAGCUGGAAGAGCCGUCUGGAGCUGAUCCAGACCCCGCUGUGGCCAAAGAGGUCAUUCAGAUUCUAGGAGAUAAGCUUCCUUGCACUUUGGUGGCACAGAAAAUUGACCUGCCAGAGUACCAGGGAGAGCCGGAUGAGAUUUCCACACAGAAGUGUCGAGAGGCGGCUCGCCAGGUGCAGGGGCCGGUACUGGUGGAGGACACCUGUCUGUGCUUCAAUGCCCUCGGGGGCCUGCCCGGACCCUACAUAAAGUGGUUUCUGGAGAAGUUAAAACCUGAAGGUCUCCACCAGCUCCUGGCCGGCUUCGAGGACAAGUCUGCCUACGCACUCUGCACGUUCGCGCUGAGCACCGGGGACCCGAGCCAGCCGGUGCGCCUGUUCCGGGGCCGGACCUCGGGCCGGAUCGUGGUGCCCCGAGGCUGCCGGGACUUUGGCUGGGAUCCCUGCUUUCAGCCUGAUGGAUACGAGCAGACGUACGCAGAGAUGCCCAAGGCUGAGAAGAACACCAUCUCCCAUCGUUUCCGGGCCCUGCUCGAGCUGCAAAAAUACUUUGGCAGCCUGACUCCCCCUGGGGCCAGUGAUGAUGGCCAAGGGUCCGGGGAGGGCUAGCCUGAAACUUCCUCCAUCAGGCUGGCACCCCUCCAAGUACUUCCUUCAGGGUCCCACUUCCUGGGGGUGUUGAGACAGCCUCACCAGCCGUAUCUGGAGGAGCAGCUGGCUCUGCUCAGAGAAACUUUGGCCAAGGGACAUCAUUCUCUUGCCCUUGGGGAUUCAGUGGUUUCUCCUACAGCCUCCAGGCCUGGGAUCCUGAAAGGACCUUGGAUGUUAGAACUGGUCUGGGUGGGAUUGCGGGUUUGGGGAAGAACCACACAAACAGCGUUACAUGUUUUUUAAAUGCAGCAGAUAAAAAUUCUGGAAGGCACUGGCUUCCAAAUAAACUGGAUAUGUCUGCUUCGAAA